GUCUGAGGGUAACUGUGUUACUAACAUCAUCCCUCAUGGUACUGGGAGCUGGCCUGAGAUGUGUUCCAGUUUCAGACCUAGAAAUUAGGAAGAAGCUGAUUCAUGGAGGGCAGCUGUUAAAUGGCUUGGCGGGGCCAACUGUGAUGAACGCGGCACCAUUUCUUUCCACGACGUGGUUUUCUCCAGAUGAACGUGCCACAGCAACAGCCAUCGCAUCGCUACUCAAUUACCUGGGCGCUGCUGGCGCCUUUCUAGUGGGACCUCUUGUAGUGCCACCUCCCAAUGGAUCGGCUCACCUCCUGCUUGUAUCGCAGAGCAACACUGAGCACAUCAAGGACCGUAUUGAGGCUGUGCUGUAUGCAGAAUUUGGAAUGGUUUCCCUGAUAUUUUCUGCAGCAUUGGCCUACUUCCCCUCGCGCCCUCCAUUCCCUCCCAGCGUGGCUGCAGCAAGUCAACGGCUCAGCUACAGGAGAAGUUUUUGCAGACUCUUAAGCAAUUUCAGAUUCUUGAUGAUUGCUUUAGCCUAUGCUAUACCACUGGGUGUUUUCUCUGGCUGGUCUGGUGUUCUGGAUUUGAUAUUAACACCAGUUCACGUAAGCCAAGUAGAUGCAGGCUGGAUUGGAUUUUGGUCUAUAGUUGGAGGUUGUGUUGUUGGCAUAGCAAUGGCAAGAUUUGCAGAUUUUAUCAGGGGCAUGCUGAAGUUUAUCCUGCUGCUGCUUUUAUCUGGAGCAACGUUGGCAUCAACGUGGUUCACUCUCACCUGUCUAACUAGUGUCACUCAUCUGCCUUUAACCACAGCUACACUGUACACAUCCUGUAUUUUGUUGGGUAUAUUCCUCAACAGUAGUGUACCAAUAUUCUUUGAGCUCUUUGUGGAGACAGUCUACCCUGUUCCAGAAGGAAUUACCUGUGGAGUUGUCACCUUUUUGAGUAAUGUGUUUAUGGGAGUGCUUUUGUUUUUCCUCACAUUUUACCAUACAG